CGAUCUGUUCAGGGGCGGAGCGGCUCCCUGAGACCUGGGAGGACACAGCCAUUUUCCGAAGAGCCUCAGGGGAUGCAGGCCUUGCUUUGAGGGUUCUGAGGCUCAUGGUGAAGGUGCUACAGCAGCGUUACUUUUAGUCCCUUCCUUUCAUUGACCUGCCCCAGCCUGCGGCAAGCGGUUUGCAAGGAUAAUUGGAGGAUUGCGGAGCCCAGAUAGGAAGUGGCCCUGGCAGGUGAGCCUGCAGACCAGCAACAGACACAUCUGCGGAGGCUCCCUUAUUGCCAGGCGCUGGGUGCUUACUGCCGCCCACUGCAUCUCUGGGUGAGUGGGGCUCAGAGCUUGGGCCCUGAUCAGGCUGCGGGAACUGGAGCCAGUCUGUCCCCCUUCCUGAACCUCCUCUUCCUCAUCUGUAAAAGGGGGUGACAGCCCCAUAGUUUUUAUCCAGUCUGGGUGAGACCUGAUGAUUAGCAUUUCUAACAAGUUUCCAGGUGCUGCUGCUGCCGCAGCUGAUCAGGGACCCACCGGCUAAAGUGGUCAGGGGUCCUGGAGGGAUGUGGUUUGGAGAGAGGGAGGUAGCUGCUGGCUGGCAUAGGAAGAUGGUACCAGGCGGGAAGCACCUGGAAGGUGUGGAAGCAGAGUGUAGACCCUGGAGGAUCUUCCUGCAGUCAUCUGGAAUACACAGUGAAGCUGGGAGACACAAAUGUGCAUCAUCGCUCCAAAACAGCACUUGUAGUCCCAGUUCGUGACAUUGUUAUCCACCGAUAUUUUACGUCUUCUGGAAUAAUUGAAAAUGACAUUGCCCUUGCUCUGCUUCACUUCCCUGUGAAUUACUCCACGCACAUCCAGCCUGUGUGCCUCCCUGAACAGGCUUUCAUGGUACAAGCUGAUACGAAGUGCUGGGUGACAGGAUGGGGCAAAGUGAAUGAAACAGCACUACCCGGAUUCGUUUUUGCUGAGUGACUGGGGAUCGCGAGAGCCGCCUCAGGUCUCUGCUGGCACACCGGGUUCCGGCCAACACCAGGACCAGGGCGCAGCCGCCGCCAGGCAUGCUGACUGUGCCCAUGGCGUCCCAGGAUGGCCUACGCAGGGGCCGUGGAGGCACACGCCUGAGCCUCCAUUUCCUGAUCUGGCUUCAGCUUCUUCAGCCCCUGCUCAGUGAGCCAUACCGACCCGAGGAGGAUUCCAGAGUGAACCUGGCAAGCCCAGAAGCCCGGACGCCUCCUGUGCACCUGAAAUUCCCCAAAAUUCCAGAAACCUCUGUAGCUCCAGGGACUUCAGCGCCCGCAGGGCCUCCAGGAUCCUGGGUUACUUCAGCAUCUACAGUGGGAGAAGCCUUGGAAUCCGACGGGAUCUCUGACCUUGGAAGGCAAUUUUCUCAGGCCUGUGGCCACCGUGUUUCAAGGAUAAUUGGAGGAUUGCCAGCCCUAAACAGGAAGUGGCCCUGGCAGGUGAGCCUCCAGACCCAGGACAAACACCUCUGCGGAGCCUCCCUCAUCGACAGGCGCUGGGUGCUCACUGCCGCCCACUGUGUCUUUAGUGAUUUGGAAUACAAGGUGAAGCUGGGAGACACUAACUUGAAUGCUGGUUCCGAAAACGCACUGGUGAUCCCUGUUAAAGACAUCAUUUUUCCUAGCAAUUUUGAUUUUGCCAGUUUGACAAACGACAUUGCCCUUGCUCUGCUUGCCUACUCUGUGAAUUAUUCCUCACACAUCCAGCCUGUGUGCCUCCCCAAAGAACUUUUUGAAGUGGAAACUGGGACAGAGUGCUGGGUGACUGGAUGGGGCCGAGUGUCAGAGAGUGUUUCAGGAUCAGGGCCAUUUGUUCUUCGGGAGGCUGAGCUAAACAUUCUGCGUCAUGAGCAAUGUCGUGAGAUGAUCAAGAAGAAGAGUGUAGCCAAGAGUAAAAUGGUCACGAGGGGGACCGUCUGUGGCUAUAAUGACCAAGGGAAGGAUUCCUGUCAGUGACUAUCUUUCUUUUUCCAGGGAGAUUCUGGGGGGCCCCUGGUCUGUGAAUUAAAUGGCACAUGGUUCCAGGUGGGGAUUGUGAGCUGGGGUG